GUCGUAAACGUGCAAUACACGCGGAUCAACAGGUUGGGAAUCGCUCGGUUCGUUCUGUGUUCGAAUUCGAAUCGAAUGGCGGUAUUUGGGUUAACACGAUGAGUGAGUGAUUUGACACUAAUGUUUUCCAUGGAUACAUCUGCGUUUUGUCUUGCGAGAAGAAAGAAACUAAGUGUAACGAUGCCUGAAGAUGUAUGAGACUUAAUGGAAACUAGCAGUGUCUUACCAGACACUAUCGAGCAACAGCAAUGCAACUAUUGCGGCACCGUCUUGUGGUUGUGCGUCUGCAUCACCACCACAGUGGUAACAGUGCUUGGAAACGUGCUCACCAUACUCGCCAUAUUACUCAGCAAACGGCUCUCUUCGAUGAUGGCUAACUAUUUUGUAUUCAGCUUAGCGAUAGGCGACCUGUUGGUGGGUUUUUCUAUCCCGUAUCACAUGCUGUUCUACAUGAUUGGCGAGGACUUCGGCAGCGGCAAGACCAGCUGCCUACUUCGCUUUGUGUUUACCUCUUUUGCAUGUUCUAGUUCCAUUACCAAUUUGCUGUUAAUAGCUAUGGAUAGAUAUGUGGCCAUCGUUUAUCCGCUGCAUUAUGGUAGCUUCAUGACCAAGAAGAGAGUCUGCAUUUUCAUAGCAGCAAGCUGGGUGACAGCAACGACAAUGGCCUCGGUUCCCCUAAUGUGGAACGAUUGGCACGAGGGUGUCAGAUGCGAGUUGGUCCACGUGGUGCCGCACAAUUUCCUCGCCUGGGUGGUGUGUCCCACGUUUGCACUCAUAUGGACAGCCAUGCUGUUACUUUACGCGAGGAUAUGUCGCGAGGCGAACGGACACGUCAGACGGAUACGGGAAACUACUAGCUCCCAAGAUGGACAAGUUAUGUGCGUGUCUACCAGAGACUCAAAAUCAUUCCAGGUAAGAAGCGGAAGACAUGUUUAUGUCUCGCCGUUUUGUCCUUUAAGAGCAACUAUUGAGAUCUUGAAGUCUAUUAUUAGUAAUAUGAAGCUAACGAUUGCAGAAUCAGCCAGUCUGGGAACGUUGACACCUACAGUAUGUUCAUGAGGAAGUGUUAGAUUAAUCGACAUUGUCACUGAAACUGUCUAAACAAAUCAAGUUGAUAUUUUCGAUUAAAAAUCAUCCAUUUACUGUAAAUCGCGCUGCUAAAAUGUAUCUAACAAAACCUCGUAUACCAAAGUCCAUCAAGUCGUCGUACCUCGUGAAAUUGAAUUAUUCUUAUCCAUACACAUACAAACGCGCGAAAAACAUAACCUUGCUUCUGAGGCAGUCGGAUAAAAAGGCACAGAACUAUAAUAACCUCCUCUAAUAAUCAAGUUACGUUGCAAGUAUUGGAUUCUGCUUACUGCUUAUCCAGAUGCCUAAGUUGGGGCAAGAAGCCGGAAGUAACACCUUCUGUGAAGUCGCCGUGCAGAAGGCAGAAUUAGGUACCAAUCUAUUUGAUAGUGCAACUCUUUAAGCAGCGUGUCUAAAAUAUAAUAUAUGUGCCUGCAAGCUAAAAGACUUUCUCAGGAGCGGAGCUUACAAAAGAGUAUGUGAGCCACAAUAAUAAUGUCUACUACCAUAAUUACAUUAGAUCAUGGAACCAAACAAGGAAAGAAAAUCUUAUGAUGCACCAACGAGCAGGAUUGUCUAUAUGGUACUAUCUAUAUUAAUAGUACGAUGGUAUUUUGGUACAUACAUUUAUAUUCUAUGUUUUUUGAAUUUUAUUUAUUUUAUUUAUAUAGUUAUCACAUAGCGAUAUUUUAAUCUGUGC